AUUCGCAAAGCUUGGCCUUACGAUUGCGUUGUACCAUACCAAGGAUUUGCAGAAAGGCACCUGUCUCAACUCUGUAACUAUAGUGACCCAUCAUAUACACAACCAUUGAAAGCUGCCCUCGCGCUAGUCUCAAAACGGUUUCCAGCUACCGACCUCGGGAGAGCUUGGAUUUUUUGGAGUUCGCCAUUCUUGAUGCUGCCCAGGUGGCAUUUGAAUAUUCAGUAAUCGAACAGUGCUACUCUGUCAAGCAGCUUGUCUCAGGUUUUCUUUAAAGCUGUACACCCGUACUGGGGCCGUCUUCUGAAGCCAUACCAUACUCAAGGGAGAUCAGGUCAAGACGAAACCAUGGGAUCGACGCCGCCAGGUCCAGAGCUUGUUGCUCUGUUGUUCAGCAACGAGCCUAUAGAUACCCCGGCAUGGCAACCGCUCAUAGACGAAGCAACGAAACAAAUUCAAAAGCAUUUCCAACCUCCAUUAUCCGAGACUGCAGCCCCGAAGAUCAAAUUUCUCGAUUCGCAAGCAACAACAUCGACAGCGCGUAUCGCCGAACUCGUCAUCUCUGUUGGUUCCACACCAAACCUUGCUGAUUGCAAGAUCUUUGUCAACCAUGCAGAAGCAGAUUUCUGGCAUGCAAAGGGAGUGCAGAUUGUCCUACAGCCUAGCGUGCUCUACGAUGUUCAUCGCAUCCCCGGUCUCGCUGUGUUCGACAUGGACAGCACCCUCAUCCAACAAGAAGUGAUCGAUGAGCUCGCUCGCGCUGUAGGCUUGUACGAAAAAGUCGCCGCAAUCACCGAAGCCGCUAUGCGCGGCGAGGCCCCGUACACCGACUUCACAGCAUCGCUGCGGGCGCGCGUAGCUUUGCUCGACGGAGUGCCCACUAGCAUCUGGCAGCAGCUUCGGGAGGGAACCAUCACCUUCACCCCCGGCGCAGUCGAACUCGUCAAAUCAUUGCGCCAGCUCGGCUGGAAGACCGCCGUGUUCAGCGGCGGUUUCAUCAACCUCGCAAGCUGGGUCAAGGACACCCUCGGACUAGACUACGCUCACGCCAACCACCUCGUCAGCGACCCAGCACGGAACGUCCUCACCGGCGAACUCGUGCCAGACGCCCCCAUCAUCCACGCCGAGAAGAAACGAGAACUCCUCAAGCACUACGCCAGUGAGCUGGGAAUUCCUAUCGAGCGCGUCAUCGCCGUCGGCGACGGCUCCAAUGAUCUCCUGAUGAUGGGCGCCGCGGGACUCGGCAUCGCGUUUAACGCGAAGCCCAAGGUCCAACUCGCUGCUCCGAGCAAGCUGAACACCCAAUCUCUGCUCGAUGUCAUGCAUAUCCUCGGAUACACCGCCGAAGAAGUACAGGCGCUCGUGCAGAAGGCGUCGGUCGCGUGACGCUGAGCCUGAUGGUUGGACUUCGCACUUGGAUCAUUUCUUGUCAAUGCUCGGAUGUUCCGACCCGUGAUCUUGGAAGCGCAGAAUUUCCUUGGGAUUGGCAGUCACUUUUCGGAUGUGCCGAACAAUGCGGCGCGAAAACGAUUGGCGGGGUCGAUUGGUAGAUCUAGUAGAAGGGCUACUCGGCCCAAUUUAUUACAUGGCGUGAUGUUUCCACUGGCGCCACUUUCAUGAUUUUACGUCAGACGAGUUUCUUUGCCGGUGUCGCCACAACCGUUGCUUGUUAUCCACGGAGGCUUUCUGGCUCAUCAGCACUGGCUAAUAGAA